AUGGCUUCCAACAAGGAAUACGAUCUGGUUCUGCUGGGCCCUACCGGCUAUACUGGUCGAUUCUGCGCCGAGCAUAUCGUCAAGAACCACCCUACAGAUCUGAAAUGGGCGGUUGCAGGUCGUUCAGUGAACAAAAUCGAGCCCAUCGUCCAGGAGCUCAACGCGCUCAAUCCAGACCGCCGAGCACCAGAUGUCCUCCCGGUCCAGUUGAAUCCUACCGAAUUGAAGGAGCUUGCUCAGAAAACCAAAUUGAUCAUCAAUUGUAUUGGUCCUUACCACCUCUACUCCACCCCCGUGGUUGAGGCCUGUGCCAACAAUGGAACUCAUUACUUGGAUGUGACUGGAGAGACUCCCUGGAUCAAGUUGAUCAUUGAAAAGUACCAUGAGACAGCUAAGGCCAAUGGCGCUAUUAUCAUCCCCUCCGCUGGUAUGGAAAGUGUCCCGUCGGACAUUUUGGCCUGGUCUCUUGUCAAGAGAGUCCGCGAGGACCUUGGUUCGCAGACCCGUGGCAUCGACAGCUGUAUCAAGGACAUCAAGUCAUCUGGCGCCAGUGGCGGCACCCUAAACACCAUUCUGAGCGUCUAUGACUGGCUCCCAAUCUCCGAGCUCCUCAACUCCGUCGGGCCCUUCUCACUAACAGGCUCCGGUGCACUCAAGCAUGUGCCCCGCGACUCGAUCAUCACCAAGCUCUUUGGUCUGCGCUCUGUUCCCGACCUGGGUACCCUGACCACUUCCCCCAACGGCAUGGCCGACAUGGCCAUCGUCUACCGCAGCAGCACCCUGAUGCCCGAGUUUUACGGCAACCGGUUUGUUUUCCACCAGAUGCUCUACGUGCGCAAUGCCCUCGUCGCCGUCGCCAUGCACGUUGGUUUCAACAUCCUCUUGCUGCUCCUGAUGAUUCCACCUGUGCGCUGGCUACUACGAAAGCGUAUCUUCGCUCCCGGUGCCGGUCCUACACUGGAAGAUUCUCGUAAUGACCGGGUGGAGUACCACGCCGUUGCGACCGCAGACCAGGAUGUGCCCAAGCCAAAGCGCGUUUUCGGUAAGCUGACCUAUGAGGGAACCAUGUAUGUCAUGACUGCUUUGCUGGUUUCAGAGGCUGCUAUGGUCAUUCUUCAGCAAGAAGACAAGAUCCGCAAGGUCUCCCGUGGUGGUAUCGUUACCUCUGCCACGCUGGGUCAGGAGUACGUGGAUCGUCUGGACAAGGCUGGUGUUCACAUUGAGACCAAGGUCUGGGAUUUUUAA